AUGGAGCGAGUUCUAUUUGCAAAGGAAAUGGUCAAAUUUGGUGAUAUCGACACAGACGGGUUCUUCUGUUGGCAUGGCAGCACUGAUGUUGCCAUCAAUGGGAUCUGUAUGGAGGGGUUCGACACAAAAUGGCGAUGUGAGCAGGCUCUGGGUGUUGGCGAGUACUUUGUUGCUGACCCAUCCAUCUCUGUCAGUUAUUUCCAAGGGGACUCACACCUCAUAUUGGCUAAUGUCCUCAGACCUUCCGAUAAAAGUCUGUUCAUCGAACAAAGCAUGUGUUAUGUUGUAAAUAAUCCAUUCAAUUGGGAGUACUCAUACUGCCUCCCACUCCUCGCCAUCACUUUCGGUAAUAAGCAACCAGUCAACUUUUUCGCUGAGUCUUAUUAUGUUGGUUAA